AUGAAUACGACUCACGUUUCAUUCGCAUGUUUGUUGAAGAUGAACGAAACAGGGAAUGUAGAUCGAAACGGUGAAGGAUUUGCUGGAAAUCUGUUCGGAAUCAGAUUAUUGAUCGAAACAGAGAUGAUUUCUUUGGAAACGAUGGGAGAUACAGGGAAAAUCUCUUCGUUUGGAUUUAUAGUGAUGGAGAAUUGUUUGUUUCUUAUGUGCAAGUUUAGAGGUGUGACAUUGGUUAUCAAGUAUAAUGAUGGAUUUAAUUUCAAGGAUUUAGUAUAUAAAUUGUGUGCAAAGUGGAGUGAGUUAGUUGGUAGUUCUUUGAAUAUAUCGUAUUCAAUGACUGGACAUUCUUCUUGUGGUCUAGAAAGUGAAGAGGAUUUGGAGGUUAUGGUUGGACUAGCACUUUCUUGUGAUAUUCAUCGUAUUGAUGUUUUUAGCGUGCAUGAUAGAGUGGAAAAUUAUAGUAAAGCUUUUGUUAUUAAACAAUUUGAUGAUGUUCAUACUUGUGGAUCUUCUUUUCGUACAAUUAAACAUGCUAGGAUGACUUCAAGUAUGAUUGGUGGGCUAAUUUCUAGUGAUAUUUGUAACAAGGCUUUGACAUUGGUUAGUGAGGUGGUUUGUGAUUUCAAGGACUAUUAUGGAACAGAAGUUUCUUAUCCGCGAGCUUGGAUGGGUGUUGAAAAAGCAAGGGGUCUUGUUUUUGGUGACUAUUCAUCAUCAUUUGACGAUCUUCGUUGGUAUGUUGAUGCCGCUAAUGCUUGCAAUCCGGGGAGUGUUUUUGAUAUGGAAUUUGAUAUUGAUAGUAAAGGAAGACAUUUCAAAUGCUUGUUUUUCGCUUUUGAGGCAUGUAUUCAUGGUUUCAAGUAUUGUAGGCCUGUGUUGAUGCUUGAUGGAACUUUUUUGAAAGGAAGACACAAAGGUUGUUUAUUGGCUACUACGACAAAAGAUGGUAACCAAGGUUUGUAUCCGUUAUGUUUUGCGAUUGUUGAUGGUGAAAGUUAUGACAGUUGGCAUUGGUUCUUGUCAAAGUUAUUAGGUAUUUUGACUCCGGAGAGGGAUAUUGCGUUUGUUACUGAUCGACAUGGAGGUUUGCUGAAAGCUUUAGCUGAGGUCUUUCCAUUUUCUUGUCAUUCUUUUUGUCUAAUGCAUUUGAAGACAAACUUGAAGACUUAUUUGUCAGUGAAGAGUCGUGAAUCAAAAGAGUAUUUGCUUACUCUUUUUAGUAGAUGUGCAUAUGCUCCUACUAUUGAGUUGUUUAAUGAGCUAUUUGAAGAAUUUAAGGGUCGUUGUGGUCGUAGUGUUGAGAGGUUUCUUGAGGAUUUUCCUAAUGAGUGUUGGUGUAAUGCUUAUUUUCAAGGCAAGAGGUAUGGUGAAAUGUGCACAAAUGCUGCGCAAUCUUUUAAUUCAUGGAUUAGGGAUGAACGCCAUUUGUUUUCAACUAGUCUUGUUGAUGCUAUACGGGUGAAACUAAUGGAGCAAUUUUCAAGAAGGAGAGAAGUUGGGAAUAAGUGGAAUCGUAUUGUUUGUCCUUUUGCAGAGAAAAAGUUGGAAGAAGCUUUUAAUGAUACAAAAGCAUGGAUAGUUAAGAAAUGUAGCGAUGACAUUUAUGAAAUCCAAUUGGAUCAUUUAGUUACGGUUGAUAUUGGGAAACGUUGUUGUUCUUGUCGAUUGUGGGAAAUUGAUUCUUUUCCUUGCAAGCAUGGUUUUUGUGCUAUAAAGAGGAGUGAGAAGGAUCUGAAUUGCUUUCUUGAUGAUUACUACCGUGUUAGUAGUUAUUGUGAUUCUUAUUCACAUUCUAUCUAUCUAGUUCCUAGUAUGUGGAAGCCAAAUGUAGUUGUUGAUGAUGACGUUGUUUUACCUCCUCUUUGUAAGAGACCAGCUGGACGUCCAAGAACGGAGAGAAUACCUUCUAAGGGCGAAAUCAAGAGAAUUAGAUGCAGUAGGUGUGGAAAGAUGGGAACUCAUAAUCGGAAGACAUGUAAACAAGCUUUGCUUUAG